AUUGGGGGAGCUCCCGCCUCCGGCAUCCGCUGCGUGUCGGGCGGCGUCUCGCGCACCUUUCCUUCUGUCUCUUGAGCGUCGCGACUCGCACCGGUGCCGUCAUCUGCCUCGCCUUCGCUCUCCUCUGUCACGCUGGAGGUAUCAACCAGUCUGGAAAUGAGAGGGUCGGAGGAGAUGAUGACCACCGAUGGCGCCGUCUCCACCAACGGCGCCGUCACGCUCACCGACAACAACAACGAUGCCAAGAAGGUGAAACUGGACAACAAACCAAGUCGCGUGGUGCACAUCCGCAACAUCCCAAAUGACGUCAGCGAAACCGAGGUUAUCCACCUGGGUAUGCCCUUCGGCAAGGUCACCAAUGUCCUCGUUCUCAAGGGCAAAAACCAGGCGUUCCUGGAGAUGGCAGACGAGGCGGUGGCCACGCAGAUGGUGACGUACUUCGCCAACGGCACUGCCCAGCUGCGUGGCCGCUCCGUCUACGUUCAGUUCUCCAACCACAAGGAGCUGAAGACCGACCAGACGCACUCCAACGCUGUGCCUGGCCUGUGGGAGCGACCGCCUCAGCCCGAGAACGCCUCGGCACAGGCGGCGUUGCAGGCGGCGCAGGCGCUGUCAGGCGGAGACACGCAGGGCGGCCCCAACACAGUACUGCGCAUCAUCAUCGAACACAUGGUCUACCCCGUCACGCUGGACGUCCUGCAGCAG